AUGAGUGCCAAAUUGAUUAUCUUCAUGGUAGGCCUUCCUGCCCGCGGGAAGAGCUAUACGGUGAAGAAACUGGCUCGCUACCUGAACUGGCUCCAAUAUCGUACUAGAAUCUUCAAUGCUGGCGAUAGGCGACGCGUUAUCGGCCUCGAAGAGCAUCCUGGGUCUCAGGACAUGUUCUCGGCAGACUUCUUCGAUCCCAAUGACGAACGUAACGUUAGCAUACGAGAUGAGAUAGCCCUGUCUAUACUAGAUGACCUGCUUCAUUGGAUCGAACAAGAAGGUGGUGUCGUAGGCAUAUUGGAUGCGACAAAUACCACAAUAGAGCGAAGGCAGCUACUCCUCACGCACCUAUAUGCACAUGCUACUCCAACGCCUGAGUUUAUGUUUCUUGAGAGUGUUUGUACCGAUCCUCUGCUACUGGCUAAAAACCUACACCUGAAACUCUCUGGUCCAGAUUAUCGGCUUCAAGAUCCAGAAGUUGCUCUGCAAGAUCUGAUGCGUCGGGUAAGCAACUACGAGAGCCACUAUGUUCCACUCGGCCCGUUCGAGGAGACGCAUAACAUGCCCUACGUCCAGAUGAUCAAUGUGGGACAGAAAAUCAACACAUUUAUGAUUGACGGCUUUUUGUCAACUAAGGUGGUGGAGUAUCUUCUCAAUUUCCACCUUACGGACCGACAAAUAUGGAUCAGCUGCAACGGAGAAAGUUUUGACGACGCCAUAGGUAGAAUUGGCCGGCCUUCCGACUUGACCGAGCAAGGAAAACACUACGCUCAGGCCCUGGCAGACUUCAUAUCCAAAGAGCAACUGCAGUGGGAUAGGAGGAAGAAAAAUGAACCGACACACAUGGCUACGGAGUCACGAAACAAUAAUGGGGGUAGUUGCAGCACAAACGGUUCCAGCCAUUUCAUAAUUCAUCGUGCUCAUUGCAGUAUCUGGACAUCCACUAUGCCGCAAGCCAUUCAAACUGCUGCAUAUUUCUGCCCGAGACGAUAUAAACGGCGUCAAAUCAAGGUUCUCGACGACCUAAAUCCCGGACACGUAGCGGGAAUGACUUUUGACGAAAUCAGCCAUAAGUUUCCUGAUGAAUUUGAAGCUCGAAGACGGGAUAAACUCUUCUUUCGUUGGUCUGGGCAAGGGGGUGAGGGCUAUAUUGAUGUCAUCAACAGGCUGCGGGAUGUCAUUAUUGAGCUUGAACGUGUCCGCCAUCAUGUGGUGCUGGUAACCCAUCGAGCAGUUGUCCGUGUUCUUCUUGCAUACUUCCUAGGCCUGCAAAGAGACGACUUGGCGGAAAUAAAGAUACCUAAGGAACAUGUUUUUUCUCUAGAGCCCGUAUGUGUCAUAAUAUACAGUAUUGAUCGUCACUAA